AUGCAGGUGGCAAAAUGUGUUUACUUCACUGCGCAUCUUCAGCUGUGUGCUCCCGUCCUCACAACAUCACUUCGUCUUCCGACAUCCUCCCCAGCGCUGUUCAGCAGCGAGACUUUCAAUGUGACGCAUGAAUUUCUCCUGAACUCCUCAAAGGAGCUGGAAAGACCAGCCAGCUCCUCCCAAAUCCUCAAGUUUAACGACUACGGCGCCCAGAUCAUCGCCGAUUACGAUGUUUACAGUUCACUGCAGAGCGCCGCGAGGGACGUAACGACACAUGCUUCGGAGGAGGUCGUGGGGUGGCGGGAACGGCAGUAUGGUUCUGUUGAUGUGAGACUGCUACCGCAUCCGGGUCCUAGCAUGACUUGGGGAAUGUGGAAGGAGGCAAUCAGGGCCAUUGCGCAGUUUGUGACGCAUUAUCAGUCCUUGGAUAUGGAUUUUGAUGUUGUGCAGGCUAGGUUGGUGGUGGGGACGGGAGUUUUGACGGUUGUUUGA